AUGAAGGCCAAUGCCUCGACAGCAGCAUUCCACCAUAUCAACGUGACAGUCCACAAUGGGGCAGCCAACAUAUACUCCUAUGGCAGCGACACAGUGGUCCACGUCAACAAUGCCUGGCUGUACUCCUCUGGUCCAGUCAGUCACGGGUUAUACGCCAGCGGGAACGGGACGAUAAUCGCGCACAACGUGGCGCAUUUCUCUGGUGGAAAGCGCUCAUCCAGUUUCUCGGGUGACUCGCCCAAAGGCGAUAUUUAUGUCUAUGACAGUGUUGCGCACUCAGCGGGUAUUGGAUCUGCGACGUUCUAUGCUCUUGGGACCAUUGAAGCGCAUAACGUUAUCAGUCUCUCUGAGAAUGGACCUGUGGUCUUUUCUGACGGUGCUCAAAAUGUCACCCUGGUUGACUGCGAUGCGACGGCGGGAUUGCUGGGUGGUGUUGCCAUGUUUAGCAGCGCGACACGGAUCAGUGGUGCGAAGUUGAAUCUCACUAAUACCAAGUUUACAACACUGGGUGAUACGAUGCCGGGACUGUGGUUUGGCAAUGUCAUUGCCAACGUGUAUCUAACUAACGCGGAGAUCAACACGAAGUCUGAUGUCUUGGUUGUCGCCAAUUACUCCCAGAUCACACAGGACUUUGAUUACUACGCUGGGUAUCCCGAUAACAACAAUCUCAAACCGGCAGAGGUCACUAUCCAAGUCCACGAAUCAGAUUUGAUAGGUGAUCUAGUUGCUUAUAACGGGAGUCUUAUCUCCUGGAGUCUGAGCGACUACAGUACCUGGACGGGAGCUGCCUACUCGGGGUAUGGAGAUGCGACAAUUGACGUCAGCCUCGACAAAACGAGUACCUGGUCCAUGACCCGUGAUGCGACGGUGAACAAGUUUGUGAAUGCCGAUUCUUCUUUGGAGAAUAUCCAUAGCGGGGGACAUACGCUUUAUUACAAUGCUACUGAGAAUGAGUGGUUGAAAGGGAGGACAGUGCAUCUUUCUGGUGGUGGGGAGGCGAGACCGGCUGAGGAGGGAUUUGGACAUCAUCAUAAGGGAGGUCGUGCUUGGAGCGCUUAA